CAAUUUCUAAGUACAUUUCCAUGUUUGUAUUGUCUAAUAAGUUUAGUGACGUGUCCAAUUUUAUAAUAUGACAGACAGCCCCAUUUUCAAUGUGUCACAAAACGCGAAAGACGAUAGGGAUUCUGAUGAUAUCGCAAAUUCCUUCAAACUAACGAUAUCGACAGUGCAAAUGAUCCAGAGCGUCCACAGCAAAGAUUGCCUGUGGAACAAAUACGACCUCUCCUACAAAGACAAGAAUGCGAGAGACAGAGCCUGGGCGGAGGUUUAUAGAGAGGUGUAUCCUACAUACGAUACGCUUAAGGAGAAAAUGAGGGCAAGAGUUGGCCAGCAGAUAUCAAAGAAGUGGUUCAACUGCCGAGACGCGUACGUGAAGUCAAUGAAAGACGUUCAGCGGGGCAAACGUCCUUACAUAUACACCAACUUCCUACGCUUUCUGGACCCAGUGUUGAAUGAAAAGAAUAUAGAAAACCAAACGGUGUUUCUAGAUGAACAGUCGUUCGAGGACCAAAACGAAACCUGGUUACCUCCCUCAUUUGUUGAUAUGGAGGAAGCGCCGAGCAAAAAACCCAAACUAGACGCAACUGCCAAAGAUUACUUAGAGAUAACCGAAUCUGAUAAUGACAAUCUCGUUUCGAUUCUCGCUAGAUUAGUUAACAGAGAGGAUGACGAGGAUAGGGCAUUCUUCACAUCCAUAGUGCCUUCAGUCAAAUCCCUAACAGAGAAUGCAAAGUUGGAAUUCAAAAUACAAGUGAUGAAACUGUUGAAGGAAAUCAAAAUGAAGGAUAAAUCUGGGGCGUUUAUUAAACUGCGUGAUUCGGAUUCGGAUUGAAUCAAGCUGGGAUAAAUCCCAACAAUCCAAGCCAUAAAAAAGUUGCUUCCUGUGACUCAAUUGAUGCAGUCUGAUCUUCUAGGGGAGACUACUGCGUUUGAAACCAGUGUUGGAAUUCUGGGAACCUAAUACCCCUCAUGGGUUUGUAAUAACACCGGUAA